AUGAUGGGAAUAAUCCCUCUCACCAUAUAUCUAGAGAGACAACCCGUAGUAAACAGUCCAUCUGGGGAGUUUCGCGGUGGAUAUAAUGUGACACGAAAGGGACGUCAGUUCGAAACCUACAGAGGAAUACCUUAUGCAGAACCGCCUACAGGAGAAUUACGCUUUCAGCCUCCGAUCCUCAUCUUGAAUUACUCAUCACCAGUGGAUUCUACUGAAGAUGGGGCAUCGUGUCCACGCCCUACCUCUCCCGGAUAUAAUGUAAAUGAAGACUGUCUCGUUCUCAAUGUUUACACCCCUCUUAAAACUGAAAGGAAGAAGCCCUUACCAGUAAUAGUAUACAUACACGCUGGUGGUUUCUACUCGCUGUCAGGUCGCAGUGAUAUCCAAGGUCCACAUUACCUUCUAGAUAGAGACAUUGUACUCGUAACAUUUAAUUAUAGACUUGGUACUCUCGGUUUCUUGAGUACCGGAGAUAAACUAGCCCCAGGUAACAAUGGUAUGAAAGAUCAAGUAGCGGCCUUGAAAUGGGUGCAAAGGAAUAUUGCUUCUUUCGGAGGUGAUCCUGACUGUGUCACUAUAACAGGCUGCAGUGCAGGUGCUGCUAGUGUGAUGCUGCAUAUGAUCUCACCUAUGUCAAAAGAUCUGUUUCAUCGUGCUAUAUCUAUGAGUGGUUCCCCUACAAGGAAGAUCAGUACUCCAACGAAUCUUAAUCAUCUGGCUGUCAGACAGGCGAAACUGGUCAACUGUCCCACUCACUCUUCUCAGGCGAUCAUAGAUUGCUUAAAGACCGUUCCUUGGAGAGAUUUAGGGAACUCGCUACGUGGUUUCUUUGAGUUUGGAUUUGAUCCUCUCACCCUCUGGGAGGUAGUAGUUGAACCCGACUUUGGUCAAGAACGAUUCCUUCCAGUCGACACGAUAGAAGCGAUCAGAAAGAACAAGAUGCAUCCAGUUCCUUAUAUAAUCAGUGUCACUCAAAAUGAGUUCUUUUGGAAGGCAUUUACUGUGCUUAAUAACGAAACACUCCUCAAGAAAAUGAAUGAAGAAUGGUCUAGUAUCGCUCCGAUCUCUUUUGUUCUUCCACGAAACAACUCAACAGAAGCCACUAACAGGCUGCGAGAAGUUUAUCAACUUCAGACACUGCGGAAUGAUUCAGAAACUGCCAGACACCUUGGGCGGUUAUAUGCUGACGCUUUAGAGAGUUUUAAUAUUUACAGAUUAAUGAAGUUGAUGACAAUACAUUCUUCAAAACCUGUCUGGACCUACGAGUUCCGCUACAUUGGUAAUCAUACCCACUAUGAAGAUCCGAUGAAUAAAAAACCUGUCGGUGCUGCUCACCAUGACGACCUUAUAUACUUAUUUCCUAUCUCCUAUCGUUUCCCACCGGUGGGACGGGAUGGUGAUGAUGCUAAGCUUGUAGACAAAAUGACUGCAAUGUGGGAUCCAAAUAAUCGUGGUGACACACCGGAGUUAGAAGACAUUCACUGGCCUCCAACAACUCCCACCGAAAAAACAUUCCUCCGUGUCGACAAACAAUUUUCCCUCGACAAGAACCUCUUAGAGGAGGAAGUUGAAGUGUGGGAAGAGUUGUACCCUCUAAAUUAUAAUUAA